CUCACAAACUGCUCUUCGAGUUUCCGCUAUACUAAUUGGAAGAUCUUCAGAGCACGCGUCUAUCCAACCAUGAUGGUUGCGUGGGUGCUUACAGUAGUGGUCGACAGUGCGAUUGCUUUUACAUUAUGCCUCUAUCUUCGAAGACGUCGCACCGGCAUGAAAAUGACUGACAGCGUCAUCAACCGCCUCCUAUUAUAUACCGUCAACACUGGCGCUAUCACGUCGCUUUUCGCCAUUCUGGUGCUCAUCAUGGUAAGUGAAUGUCUAGGCGGAUGGUUCUCCCAACUAACUUUAAUCAGUUUCUUGGUCUACCCACUAAUCUGGCAUUCAUUGCUUUUGUCCAAGUCCAGAGCAAACUCUAUGCCAUAUCAUUAAUGGCAUCGUUAAACACCCGCAAAAGCACGACCGAAAUAAAACA